GGAAGAAAGACCUUACAAGCCUGGAAAUGUUUUGAGCUCUUCCCGUAGGGCGAGCUCCUAUCACCACAAUAGUCAGAGCUCCAGUAGUAGAGAUAUUCAUGGAUCCACUACAAGAAUUUACAGCAAAAGGGAUGACUGGACUGGGAAUGAGAGCUGGACAAGAUCAACAGAUGACAGUAGGGUAUCAAGCUGGAGACACCACAGAGACAACCCACAAGAUCAUUGGUUAGAUGCUUCGAUGAAAGGAACCCUAGAUGGCAAACAAUGGGAGUCAUCUUCGUCUUACUGUGAUAGUUGGAACAGAGGCAAGCAAGAAUAUGGCAAGGGCAGCAGAAGUGGAAAGGUGUGGGUUAAUGAUGCUCCAUCCACUAGUGACAGAAAUUGGUCUCCUGGUAAAAGUGGGCCUGAAUCAUCUAGAUUUGGAGUAAGACCUUCCACUCCUCGUACUUUUACCAGGAAUCCACCUCCUCCUACUCCACAGCCGCAGACAAAUAUCUCUUCAAAGCUGCCUCUCCACAUGCUGGGACAUUUCAGUAUUAUCAAGAAAAUAAAUCAUGAUAACCAGGAAGAAUGCGAUUCAAGAGAAGGUUCACCUAAGACAACCACAAACAGUUCUGAACCUGUAGAUACCUCUUUUGAACCAAACAUUUCUGCGGCCAAGGAAGCAAACCAAGGCAUUGAUUCUCCUGAAUAUGUUCCCACUGAUAUUCAAAAGCCAGAAACUACUAAUGCUGAGAUGUCUAAAACAAAGCCUCAGUCUUAUGAGGAGACUGCUAACUUUAAAGAUACAGAACAGAUUCCAUUCUUAGUCUCUGAUGAGGGCUCAGCCUGGGUUGAAGCUCCAGAACUAGGCUCAGAGGGCUAUGACACUGCUCCGAGCUGGACCUCCAUGUCCUAUAGCAACCAGCCUCGUGCAGAAGAAAGAGGCUCUUACAGCUCUCAAGAUCAGAGAAGCAAGAUCCACUUCAAGUAUCAGAAGAAGACAGUGUUGUGUAUGGAAAACCCAGAUUACGAAAGGAUGAACAAGUCAAAAAGAUACAAGAGCUACAGUUUUCAUCGUGCCUCAAAUUCCCAACAGAGAAAAUAUCAGAAAUACUGUGAUGAUCGGUCAUCUUCUGAAGAUUUAGAUGACAGCAGCCAUACUUACCAAGAUGCCUCCUCCAGUAGAGAAGAUCCUCCAGCUGAACCUGCAGACCCUUUUGGUAACCAGUUCUCAUGGAGUGACUUAAAGAAUCUAGAAAACUUCAACUGAGACUAUAAUCUCUUAUCUCGACCCUUUAUACUAACACACAGUAUUUUCUUUUAUUUUCUUCCUUCUCUUUUUUUGGAUCAUAUGGAAAAAAUCCCUUUCCCAACUUAUCAUGCAACCUUUCCCUCUGCUUUUCUUUCUUUUUUUCUUUCCUUCUUUUCUCCCUCUCUCCCCUCUUCUCUCCCAGCUCUCUCCUCUUCUCUCCCAAUCUACCCUCUUCUCUCCCUCUC